CAUGCCCAACCUGCUGGGGCACGAGAGCCAGCGGGAGGCCGCCCUGAAACUGCACGAGUUCGCCCCGCUGGUGGAGUACGGCUGCCACGUUCACCUGCGCUUCUUCCUCUGCUCCCUCUACGCACCCAUGUGCACCGAUCAGGUGAGCGCCAGCAUCCCUGCCUGCCGCCCCAUGUGUGAGCAGGCCCGCCACAAGUGUGUCCCCAUCAUGGAACAGUUCAAUUUCGGCUGGCCUGAGUCACUUGACUGUGGCAGGUUGCCCACCAAGAAUGACCCCAAUGCCCUCUGCAUGGAGGCCCCUGAAAAUGCCUCAGCUGCUGAGCCGCACAAGGGACAGGGGAUGCUGCCUGUGGCCCCCCGGCCCUGGCCACCUGGUACCGCUACUGAGGGACGGGGACCCAAUGGGCUGGGAGCUUGCGACAAUCCUGAGAAGUUCCAGUACGUGGAGAAGAGCCUCUCGUGUGCACCCAGGUGCUCCCCCGGGGUGGACGUGUACUGGUCCCGGGAGGACAAGGACUUCGCCUUCAUUUGGAUGGCUGUCUGGUCCACCCUCUGCUUUGUCUCCACUGCCUUCACCGUCCUUACUUUUCUGCUUGACCCCCACCGCUUCCAGUAUCCUGAGAGGCCCAUCAUUUUCCUCUCCAUGUGCUACAACGUCUACUCUGUGGCCUUCAUCAUCCGCUCUGUGGCUGGAGCUGAGAACAUUGCCUGUGACCGGGAGAACGGUGAGCUCUACAUCAUACAGGAGGGGCUGGAGAGCACAGGCUGCACCAUUGUCUUCCUCAUCCUCUACUAUUUCGGCAUGGCUAGCUCUCUCUGGUGGGUUGUGCUCACUCUCACCUGGUUCCUGGCUGCUGGGAAGAAGUGGGGACAUGAGGCCAUCGAGGCCCACAGCAGCUACUUCCACAUGGCCGCCUGGGGCAUCCCAGCCAUGAAGACCAUUGUCAUCCUCACCAUGCGGAAGGUGGCAGGGGAUGAGCUCACGGGGCUGUGCUAUGUGGGGAGCAUGGACGUCAGUGCCCUGACUGGCUUUGUCCUCAUCCCCCUCUCCUGCUACCUGGUCAUUGGCACCUCCUUCAUCCUCACUGGCUUCGUUGCCUUAUUCCACAUCCGGAAGAUCAUGAAGACGGGUGGAACCAACACAGAGAAGCUGGAGAAGCUGAUGGUGAAGAUUGGGGUCUUCUCCAUCCUCUACACUGUCCCGGCCACCUGUGUCAUUGUCUGCUACUUCUACGAGCGCCUGAAUGUGGAUUACUGGAUGCUGCGGGCACUGGAGCAUGGCUGCCUACGCCUGCCUGGCCGCCGUGCCACCGACUGCUCCCUUGAGGCCUCGGUGCCCACUGUGGCUGUCUUCAUGCUAAAGAUUUUCAUGUCACUGGUGGUGGGCAUCACCAGCGGGGUGUGGGUGUGGAGCUCUAAAACGCUGCAGACCUGGCAGAGCCUGUGCAACAGGCGGCUGGGCAUGAGGACGCGGAGCAAGCCCUGCAGUGGGGUCAGCUGUGGUGGGGGACACUGCCACUACAAAGCCCCUACAGUCAUGCUGCACAUGACCAAGACAGACCCGUACCUGGACAACCCGACUCACGUCUAGAGACCGGGGCUGCCCCCCACACUGGAAGAAGUGGCCUCACGGGAGCUACAACAGCUGCUUCUGCUCUUCUGUUGCAAAACCAGCACCAAACAGCCCCAUGGCCCAUUUAUUCCACAUCAAACCAUUCUGGGAUAAGAAGUUCAAGCCCUGAUUGUAUGAUCCAAACCUGUCAUGAUGGAGGGGAAGAGAGAAUGAGAAAACAAACCCUUUUCUUAAGGAAAAGUCAGCAUCUGGGGCAGCAGGAGCUGGAGCUGGGCCAUGGCACAGGAACAAAGGUGUUACUAUGAAAUGUUGUGAGUGUGGCUGAGAGAGACUAGGAUCUCUCUCUCCCCCCGCAAAGUCCCCUGAUGUAACUCCUGCUACUGGUAGGAAAAUGAGUUUUAAAGAAGGGGGAAAUAUAAAGCAAACACGAUUUUAUAUAAACUGUACAUGUGCCAAAGCAAGACAAGGGUAUCUUACAGGUGUUCUUUGUACAAGAUCACAGCUAGAAACAAAGCCACUUUCAACUAAAAUAUUAAUUU